AUGGCACAUAAACGCGGAAAAAUCAAUACUAGUCCCUCAGAAGAGUAUAAAUUACUUAGGAAUAAUUUGGAAACCCUGGAUCAAUCUAAAAGCUUUGCCAAACGAAAAAAUAAACAUGAUAAAAAAAGAACUGAAUCUGAUGCUAGGGCUAGGGAAAACGACACUAAAAGAAUUACAACGAAUAGUAGGGCUCCUAAAUUUAGCCAGUUUUGUAGUUCCACGGGGCCGACUCAAACAUCGACAAAUGUUAAUGUUUCUAAAUACUAUACCAAAACAAUCACCCAAAGCCUACCCUCUACCACAGAGUGUGUGCAGCGAACUGAGCUGGUGGAUUCAGAAUUGCCAGUUAACAACACCAUUACAUUACCCCCCUCUAGUGAACUUUCUAGUAACCGAUGCAUCAGACGUGGCAUGGGGAGCACAAAUAAACAAUCAAGCUUUCUGGGGCAACUGUUCUUAAGAGGAAAAACAUCUACAUUCCAAUCAGAAAGAGCUGUUAGCCAUACUACAUGCUCUUCAGAAUCAGGCUCAUUCCUUGCAGGGCAGCUCAGUCCUAAUACAAUGCGACAACAAGGCAGCAGUCGCUCAGUUACGGAAAGAAGGAGGUACGAAAUCCAA